CGAGGCGAGAAAAGAGAGGGUGUGGUGCAAUAUAUAAAAAACAAGGGAAGUGCCACGCUAACCCCUCUUGUAAAGCUCGAACGAUUUUUAGAAAAAAAAAAAGCCUACUGCAAUUAAGCAUGCAUAUUACUGCGGAUUUCCUAACCGUACAUAAAGGCGCCCAACUUUGAGAAAAGCGCACGACAAUUCAAAGCCAUGCAUGUCGCGCAGCGAGUCUCUAUUGAUUUUUUUUCUCAAGUGCGUCAUGAAGUGGUGUACCUGCACACCAGCUUUCCCCGUCCGACCUUUCUUCAUUCGCGUACUUUUUUGCACAGAGUUUUUCCGCGGUGUUGCUUAAGCCCAAAGUUAUUCCGCAUUGUUUUGGCGCAAAGCACCCUCCGCAACCACCAACAGACAUGGCGAUGGGUAUACAUGAACGUGCCCUUUCUUUUCUCGCCCGCCUGUUUGGGCACCAGUGGAAACUCAAGCUUUUGUCAAAUAGGAGAGUCUCAAUUUUCGCGGAAGACGUCAAGAACGAGCCGUAUCUGCAUGUGCCACAGGAACUCAAACCCAAAGACGGUCAUGCCCUCGCACCAAAAAUCAGGCGUUUCGCGCCUAUUCUGGACUGAGCAUACCGACGCGAACGCUCAGUGGGGAAGAAUGCAAAGCGCCGUUUGCUACUUCCGCACGAGCCGACAUUUGCGUCUCCACACAACCCCUCGAAUCUCAGAAUAUACCAUGCCCUGCCUCAGGCUUAGUCACAUGGCCAUCGCAUACGUCAAGUGAGCUGGGAGCAAAGCUCGAAUAAGCUGGCGAAAGUCCUGGCAUGCCGCGUGCAGGACAUGUGCCCAUCUGUAGUAUUUGUUGUGGCUCACGGGACGCGGCACUCCUGGAUGUCUCGCUGGGUGCAAUGUAUUUAUAGCGAAAAGGAGAAAUGCACCGAAACAGGCCAUGGGUUCAUUGUCAAGGCCGUGAAGGCGGCACCGAGAAUUGCUUUUUUCGUCAACCGUUUUCCUGUGCCCUGCAUGGUCGGCUUUUCACUGUCAAAGCCCUGUUGCCUUCCUGUCGGUCAAAAGAGGACAUUUUAGGCCAAGAAAACAUAAUUAUCUACUCGGACUUCGUAGGCGUGCAGCGUGCUACG